CUAACUCCCAUCUUUCAUCCGCCGUCUUAUCUCGCCCAUUCAUUCCUCCUCGUGAGAGGUAACUAGUUGCUGCGUUUCGGUGCAGUGUUACCAUCUGAGCGCGACGAACGUUCCAUUGGCUGCGCCGCCUUAACCCCCUUGCGACCAGCGCGACGGCACCGCAGCAGCGGUUUCCGUUGCAUCGACGAGCGCCGAGCCGCAGCAACGCGAUGGCGCCGCAUUCCCUCACCGCCCUGCCAAUUGAACUCCUGGUCUUUGUCAUUGACAACCUCGAACGCGUCGAGGACAUCGCAGCCCUCGCGCUGACGGAUCGACGGCUAUAUAGCACCGCGAACCCGCUGCUCUACCGGCGCGCAGUCGAGUGCAACGAUGCGCGCCCCGUGGCCUGGGCCGCCCACCGCGGCUUGGUCGCCACGCUGAAGAUGGCGCUUGCCGCUGGGGCGGACCCCUGCCGGGAGUUCAGCGACUGCGUAGCGGUGGAAGAAUGGGAAAGGGCGACCGCGGCUGCUCGCACUGCUGCUCGGGCCGGCCGAGAGAAGGAGGCAUGGGCCAUGUGGGACCACGACCCCGGGCACGUCCCCGUUGUCGCGUGGUGCUCCGAACCCGACGACGACAGCGAUCACGCCUCCACACCCGCGAGCAGCAGCUCUAGCACGGACCACUCCUCCCAUGCGCCCAGUGGCAGCUCAGACCAAGAGUCCGAUGCCUCCUCGCCGUACGAGAUCCCGUCCUCACAGCGGAGCGAUGUGGCCCCGGCAACGGUGCCAGCCAAUGCCUUCCAUCCAAACACGGUUUCGCGCUGGUUCUACGCAAUGCACCUCGCCGCUCGUGGCGGCCAUGACGAGAUCAUCAAGAUCCUGCUGAGCCACGGCGCAUCCGUCGACGUGCCCUCGCGCCACUUCUGCGCCUGCACCCCAGUCUACGGCAUCCUCAACGCGCUCGAGUGCCCAGACCAAGUCGAAGACAACGAACCCCCGCUCUGGUCGCCCCUCCACGUCGCCAUCUGCCACGGGCGCACCGAGACCGCCAAGCUGCUGCUCUCGCGCAAGGCAUCCCCGCUGAUGCAGACGCCCCUGGACUCCCGGUACAGCUUCGACCGCGACAGCCGAGAACCCACCCCAUUCCCCACGGCCUUGCACCACGCCGCGGGCAGGGGGCUGACCGAGCUGGUGCGAUACAUCCUGGACAAUAAGAUCCAAACGGAUGUGAACGUGCAGGACUUAACCACACUCACACCAUUCUACUACGCAUACGCCCACCGGCGAUGGGACAGCACCGUCCCUUUGCUCCUCUCCCUCGGCGCGAACAUCGACUGCGAGACCAAGAUGUACAUCCCCUACACCGCCAUCACCCCGCUGGGCGAAGCGUGCCGGCUGGGCGACUUCGCGGUAGCCGACCGGCUGAUCGACCUCGGCGCCGACGUCAAGCGCGGGUUCAUCGCCACCACGUCGCCGGGCGGCUGCCUGACGCCGCUGCACAUGUGCUGCAUGCGGUCGGCGCAGGCCGUGGGCGAGCCCAAGGAAAAAGGGGAGGACGAUGAAGCGCGUGGAAGGGCACGCAUGCGCACCAUCGAGAAGUUGGUUCGGAAGGGGGCGCAGCUCGAUGCGAGGGACUGUUUUGGGAGUACGCCGCUCAUGGCGGCCGUGCAGAGCUGCAAUACCUUUGCGCUGGAGGCGCUGAGUCUUGCUGGAGCGGAUGUGGAUGAGGAUGAGUAUGGGGAGAGGGUUGGGGUUGGGAAGAGGACCGCUGGCCGGGCUGUUUUGUCGUCGUCGUCGUUGUCGUCGAAGCGAAGGGUGAAGGAGGGUGGUGGUGUGGUGCGUAAGCCGGUCACGGCGUCGUCCGGGAUGUAAGGAGGAAGAUUGUUUGUGUAUGGAAGUGAUUUUUGUAAGUGGCGAGGACCAGAGAUAUCUCCAGUGGCCACUGUAACGAUACCCAACCUACUGUACUCUGCUACUUCUAGUUCUUUUCUUGUCGGGUCACGAGAGGGAGAAAUACCCCUUCGUGAUCGAUAGUUGCUCGACAGGAAUGUGAUGAUAGGACGAAACAAAGAACCACGGAGUGAACCAUCACCGCAAUUGCAAAGCUUCCAUGAACUGAUGUGUUCAUUCCCAAGGGGUAUCGACCUCGUACACUUAAUACAAUACAACCUGACCUUCACAGUGAGGUAAGUAUCUACCACCUCCUGCC